CUCAGCCAACGUUGUCGUAUGUGCUGGUACCUGUUGAUUUUGUCCACGGGUGAUAAGAAACUGAAGUGUUGGAAUGCUUCUGCAGUGGUGUGUGCUAAAGUUAGUCAAGUAUCAUGAAACUUCCGGUGCCAUUGAGCGGGCCCAGUUUAACUUUUCGAAAGUUAAGCUCAAUCAUGCCCGUGGACUGUCAUCCCAUUAAGGAUGACGACACCCAACCCUAUAGAGACUGGUCUCAGCCUAAAGCAAGAGUAGGAGUCAACAUACUUUUUGCAAGGCCGAUUUUCAGCACUCGUGAUGAAGAAAUCGAUGGUUUUCAAUCUAUUGUUGGAGGCUUCAUCGAGAUGGUAGAUGGCCUUGCGCAGGAAGUGGAAAAAGAAAAAAUGAAGGCUAUUGGAUCUCGAAACUUGUUAAAGUCCAUCGCAAAGCAAAGAGAAGCACAGCAACAACAACUACAAGCACUCAUUGCAGAGAAGAAAACGCAACUAGAAAGAUAUCGGAUACAAACAGCGGCGUUACAGAAGGAGGAGGCAGAACAAAACGAAUUCAUCGAGCAGUUCAUUCUACAGAAAUAAUCUAAUGUGGAAAAGUACAGUUUCGCAAACUUAUUGUAUACAGGCACAAUGGUACACUUUUCGGUGACACUAGGUGGCAGCAGACUUACCAUGUAAAUUCAUUGUUCUCGUGUGUGCGCAGGCACAGAACUACAAAACCACUGGAGAUUCACCUUGAAAGUCUGCUGCCACCUAGUGAUUGAAAGUCUGCGUGUGGAAAAUUUGUUGACUAGUUUGAUAUUAAAGGGACACGUUGCCUUGGAUCGAGCAAGUUGGUCUUUGAAAAUAUAAUGUCCAUACAAAUAUGCCCCGAAGUUGCAUGGUUUUCCGACCGUGUUAGUUCGCUACUUAAAAAGAAAAAUGUAUAUUUCCAAGGCAACGUGUCCCUUUAAAGGGUGCUUUACUUUUGGUUGAGAUAUUUUUUAGAUCGGGAAACCCUUUUUUAACAUUUCAACGAGAAAUUGACACAUGGCAGUGGUUUCCAGUUGGGUCAACUAGUUUCCAGUUGGGUAUCAUGAGCUUUUUUCUAGUUAGGCAUCAGCUGGUUUCCAGUUGGGUCAACUAGUUUCCAGUUGGGUAUCAUGAGCUUUUUUUCUAGUUAGGCAUCAGCUGGUUUCCAGUUGGGUCAAGUAGUUUCCAGUUGGGUAACAUGAGCUUUUUUCUAGUUAGGCAUCAGCUGGUUUCCAGUUGGGUCAGCUAGUUUCCAGUUGGGUAUCAUGAGCUUUUUUCUAAUUAGGCGUCAGCUGGUUUCCAGUUGGGUCAGCUAGUUUCCAGUUGUUAUCACGAGCUUUUUUCUAGUUAGGCGUCAGCUGGUUUCCAGUUGGGUCAGCUAGUUUCCAGUUGGGUAUCAUGAGCUUUUUUUCUAGUUAGGCAUCAGCUGGUUUCCAGUUGGGUCAACUAGUUUCCAGUUGGGUAUCAUGAGCUUUUUUCUAGUUAGGCAUCAGCUGGUUUCCAGUUGGGUCAACUAGUUUCCAGUUGGGUAUCAUGAGCUUUUUUUCUAGUUAGGCAUCAGCUGGUUUCCAGUUGGGUCAGCUAGUUUCCAGUUGGGUAUCACGAGCUUUUUUCUAGUUAGGCAUCAGCUGGUUUCCAGUUGGGUCAGCUAGUUUCCAGUUGGGUAUCAUGAGCUUUUUUUCUAGUUAGGCAUCAGCUGGUUUCCAGUUGGGUCAGCUAGUUUCCAGUUGGGUAUCAUGAGCUUUUUUCUAGUUAGGCAUCAGCUGGUUUCCAGUUGGGUCAGCUAGUUUCCAGUUGGGUAUCAUGAGCUUUUUUCUAGUUAGGCAUCAGCUGGUUUCCAGUUGGGUCAGCUAGUUUCCAGUUGGGUAUCAUGAGCUUUUUUUCUAGUUAGGCAUCAGCUGGUUUCCAGUUGGGUCAGCUAGUUUCCAGUUGGGUAUCAUGAGCUUUUUUCUAGUUAGGCAUCAGCUGGUUUCCAGUUGGGUCAACUAGUUUCCAGUUGGGUAUCAUGAGCGUUUUCUAGUUGGGCAUCAGCUGGUUUCCAGUUGGGUCAGCUAGUUUCAAGUUGGGUAUCAUGAGCUUUUUUCUAAUUAGGCGUCAGCUGGUUUCCAGUUGGGUCAGCUAGUUUCCGGUUGGGUCAGCUAGUUUCCAGUUUGGUCAGCUAUUUUCCAAUUGGGUAUCAUGAGCUUUUUUCUAAUUAGGCGUCAGCUGGUUUCCAGUUGGGUCAGCUAGUUUUCAGUUGGGUCAGCUUGUUUCCAGUUGGGUCAGCUAGUUUCCAGUUGGGUCAGCUAGUUUCCAGUUGGGUCAGCUAGUUUUUAGCGAGUCAACUUCAAAGUCAGUGAACUCCCAGAUUGUGUUAAACUGUUGGGGUCAAUCAGCCGCUUCACACAAAAGCAAUUUAGCAAUGAUCCCUUGCUAAAUGGAUUUUACCCGGGCCCAAUUUCAUAGAGCUGCUAAGCACUAAAACUAUAUUCAGCUGUUGUAUGCUUACCUUGAAAAUCACAUAGAAAUUUGGUUAGGAAAUCCUGUUUUUAUCAAGGCAAGCAUUUCAUGCUAAGCAAAUUUUUGUGCUUAGCAGCUCUUUGAAAUUGGGCCCUGGUUACUAUGCUGCCAGGUAGCGCCCCAAAAAAGUCCCCAUUGGUUGGGACUGGUAGAGUGGUAGUGUUGCACAGAAAGACCCUGUUCUGUAUAACUGUUCAUAUUGAGUUUACAUUUUGUUCAAUAACGUGCAAUGUCAAUGUAGACAUGGUCUGUACAUAAAAUGUAAAUAGUUUCAUAACUUAGAUAAAAGGUUUUGCCGAAGUUCUUCAUAACACCUUGUCGACUAUUUUGUUUAAAUAUACUCGCUAUUCAUUGAUCUUUAACCGCUAUUAAAGGAUUCUGGUACUUUUUGUAACAGAAAACACAAUGACCACAGAUUUAUAUAAAACUUACACAGUUUGAAGAUAUUGAUAGUAGAAGGCUUACCUUACCUUGCUCAAGGAGAUGUAGUGUUUGAGAAAUAAGUAAAACAAUGUCAUGAAAAUACGUUUUUACAUGCUAAAAUAAUUUUCGUCUCGUGAUCACUGAGAUAAAAAUCAUUUUUGUGACACCUUUUUGUUUUAUUCAAUUCUCAAAAACUUCAGCACCUCAGCAAGUAAUUUUUUCGGGGAAGAUUUCUACCAU